AUGGUUGACCAUCAAACAGCACCACCUAUUCUCGAAGCACCUCAACAGCCUGUUGCUUCCAAAUCACUAUCACGCUCAAAGACGAUGCGAAAUACAGCCAACAAAGUAAGCAGGUUCUUUAAGAAACAAGCGGCUGUCAAAGAGGUGUCUACAGAGCAGCAACAGCAACAACAACAACAACAUCCUCGAUCACUUUCAUCUACCACGAGUAGUAGUCAACAUGGAUGGGAUCGUGCAUCUAUACCAUCAACGUUUAUGGAUCAUUCAGUCAAUGAUGUAUCAUUAGCACCACGACCGGUAUCCUCUUAUUACCAUGGUGAAACAACCACUGACAGUUCCUCGGACAUUGCUCGACCAUUAUCCGCCAUGACCGAUCUUGCCCCUACUACUACUACAACCACCACCACCUCUGACAUGACAACCACAGCCAACACGACUACCACUACAACCACCACGACGCCAUUACACCGAGAUGAUGCAGUUGAAAACGACCAUUCCAACGACGAAGAGUUAAGCAGUGAAGCAGAGGAUCUAUUACGCGAAUUGGAUCACGUGAAUGCAGCUGUGGCGAGUAUGCAAAAGCAAGUACAAUCCGAAGCCGAGCAAAAGCAAGCAUUACAGGCGCAAGUGGAAGAGAUUCGACGCCAAAUCCAAGCUGAGGAACUUGAGCAGCAGCAGAUUGAGCAUCGAUUAUUUGAGAGCACGCGUGCGAUCCGGGCCACGGAUGAUGAUUUAUCGACGAUUCGUGAUUCGUUCAAGUUGAUGAAAUAUGGCAUUUCUCGAUUGGUGAUGACAUUGAAUAAGAAGGCGGAUCGACAUACAGCCACCCAAAAGUUCAAACAACUUUGGCCACACAUGCUCGAGCAUCAAACCGAAGAUUUGGAAUCGUCUCAAAUCAACUUGUUGGCAGAAAAGCUUAUCCAUCAGCAUUUGGUGAAUACCGUGUUCGAGUGUCCAUUGUAUCCAGGUGUGGAUGUGAAUGAUGCAUUUGCAGCCGUAAGCACGUGGCUCGUAUCCCAUGAUUCGGUUGAAUUUCCUGUACGCCUACGACAGCAAUUGGCGGCGAUCAUUGCCAAGAGCAGCAAGGAUAGCGAAGUACAAUUGGCCGCCAAAGCAGAACGUGAUCGGAUCACUGAAGCCAUUUACAAUGACUUGGCCGAUGUCUAUGCACCCUUUUUGAAGGAAAAUGACAAGGGCGUCGAUGAGGAAAAGAGGUAUUUUGCCAAGGUGGGCGAUAUUGUGGACAAGGCGAUGCGAUUGGCUAUUGCUAUGCGAGGGCAAGACGUGGAGAUUGUUACCAAGGGAGCCAAGGAAGGCGAAGAUCAAUUCAAUGAGGAAACCAUGGUGGAUGUCAAGGGUAAAACCAGUGGUGUUGUUCGAUUUUGUAUUUGUCCCGCAUUUAUUGGAGGUGAUGGUGAACAUGGUUUCCUGGAAAAGGGCAAGGUGGUUCUCGCUUGA